AUGAAAACUAAAUUAAAUCACCAGAAUUUUGGAACUGAUGAGUCCCAUUCAUCAGCCGGGCCGUCCACGCCACAAUCAACGUCCGACGCCAGGGGCGUACCCAGGGCUCCGGCCGGCCCAACUCCAGAUCUGAGCUCUAAAAACGAGUCGAUAACAUCAUAUGUGCGCGAAAUAGUAAACCUGUACGUUUUGGACUGCAAGAGGCGUCCCGACCCCUUCCAGCCCACGCUAGAGCCCAAAGGGGCCUCCAGAGCCGCGGAAACAAAUUCUCACUGUAUUUUAAACGGAAAUGACGUUUCCAAAAUAUUCACGUCCUCGUUCGAGCGAGUUCCGGAGUCGAGAAGAAAGGAUCUGCUCGAGAUCAGAUCCAUCCUGAGCAAGUCAGGCCCGGAGGACCUGGAGUCGCUCGUAGCCACGCUGUGCGCAAUAAUAAGCUACCAGCAGCUGCUGACGCCGUCAGCCAGACAGAAAUUCACCAACGACCACCUCCAGGAGUGGCUUAAGUCGCAGGACGCGGACGCGUUCGCCGGAAAGGACUACGAAAAGACGUACACGAGCUGGAAAAACUACCUCAGGAAGCACAUGCCGACGGGAGUGAAGCUGUGCGACUACUUUUCGGCCGAUUUCCUCAGGUCGGUGCUGGUGCUAAACGCGGAUCGCAUAAGGCAGGAGCUGGAGAAGACGGCGUUCAAGCUGCACCCGGACCUGUUCAUAUCCCUUCUCUGUAAGCAGUGCGGGUUCACGGACGAGCAGGCGGUGACGGUGGGCACGAUGAGCAGCGCGAAGGGUUACCAAAUCCAGUCGCUCCUGCCCUCGGAGACCGGCCUCGGCUUCCUCCACAGGGACGCGGGGGGCGCUAAGGAGGAGGACUUGGGGAUCAUCACCUUCGAGUGCAUAACCAACGACCGCGAGCCAGGCCACAUGAUAAAGCUGAUCACUGUCAAGAACAUAUUCUCGAGGCAGCUGCCCAAGAUGCCCCGGGAGUACAUCGUGCGCCUCGUCUUCGACAGGAACCACUACACCUUCUGCCUCCUGAAGAAGGGCGAGGUGAUCGGCGGCAUCUGCUUCAGGCCCUACUUCGAGCAGCGGUUCGCGGAGAUCGCCUUUCUGGCCGUGAAAUCGACGGAGCAGAUCAAGGGCUACGGCACGAGGAUCAUGAACCACCUGAAGGAGCACGUGAAGAAGAGCAACAUCGAGUACUUUCUGACCUACGCGGACAACUUCGCGAUCGGCUACUUCAGGAAGCAGGGCUUCUCGCUCAAGAUCACGAUGCCGCGCGAGCGCUGGUUCGGCUACAUCAAGGACUACGACGGCGGCACGCUCAUGGAGUGCUACAUAUCGCCAAACAUUAACUACUUGAGGCUCAGCGACAUGCUCAGCCAGCAGAAGGCGAUCGUCGUGAAGUGCAUAGAGGCGAUAAAGCCGCUGAAGGUCUACAACGGCAUGGACGUCUUCGCCAAGGACCCGAACGCGACUCUGAACCCGGCCGAAAUCCCGGGCCUGGUUGAGGCCGGCUGGACUAGUCAGCCCGCGCCCAGCAAGUCCGACCCUGCCUCUGCUGAGCCUGACGGCCAGAAGAAGUCUUUGAAGGCUGCCAUUCUGGACCUUCUGAACACGCUCAACAAGCAGCAGAGCGUCUGGCCCUUCCGGAAGCCCGUGAAGCAGAGCGAGGCUCCCGACUACUACGAGAUCAUAACGCACCCUACCGACAUUUCCACGAUGAAGCGUAAGGCUAAGUUGGGCGAGUACAAGACCAAGGAGCAGUUUGGCGAGGAGUUAAAGCGGAUGUUUGACAACUGCAGGCUCUACAACACUUCCCACACCAUUUACUACAAGUACGCGAACGAGCUCCAGGCGUUUAUAUGGCCCCAGUACGAAAACAUACAAGAAUGA